AUGUCAUCUGAAUCAACCAUCGUUGUCAACGAUAUUCAUUCACAAUUAAAUAAUACAAGAGUAGCUGAAAUUGUAAAAGUAGGAUCGGCCGAGGAUAUCCAUGCAACUAUUCUCAAAGCAACACAACAGGAUCAAUCUAUCUCCAUUGCUGGAGGUCGACAUGCCAUGGGUGGACAGCAAUUUGGUACUGACACAGUGCUGAUAGAUACAACGAACCUGAAUCGAGUGUUAACCUUCGACAGGAAAACAGGUCUUAUUGAAGUGGAAGCUGGAAUACAAUGGCCAAAAUUGAUUGACUAUCUCAUCGAAACACAGAAAGAGGCUCCCUGGUCGGAACAGUGGAGCAUUGCUCAAAAGCAAACUGGUGCAGACCGGUUAUCAAUCGGCGGAUCACUAUCGUGCAAUGCUCAUGGUAGGGGAUUAAAAAUGCGACCGAUGAUUUCUGAUGUAGAAUCGUUUACUUUGGUUGACGCAGCAGGUAAGUUUCUCCAAUGUAGCCGCGAAGAAAAUCGUGAACUAUUCGGAUUAGUCGGUGGAGGGUAUGGUUUAUUUGGUGUGAUUUAUUCGGUGACAUUACGCUUAUUACCUCGACAAAAAGUAGAACGAGUGGUUGAACUCAUCACGAUUGAUAAACUACAAGAGGGAUUUGAACAACGUAUUCAGGAUGGUUUUAUUUAUGGCGACUUUCAAUUUUCUACCGACGAGAAAUCGGAUGAUUUUUUAUAUCGGGGCGUCUUCUCCUGCUAUCGUCCUGUUGAUUUGGAUACAGCGCUCCCAGCCGCUCAAAAAGAGCUCUCCGAAAAUAAUUGGAACGAACUUUUUUAUCUCGCCCAUGCUGACAAAGCCGAAACGUUUCGUCAAUACACUAGUUAUUAUUUAUCUACCUCCGGCCAAAUCUAUGCAUCUGAUAUUCAUCAAAUGAGCGUCUAUAUGGACGAUUAUCAUCACGAACUUGAUCAUCGACUCGAUGGAAAAGAACAAGCCACAGAAAUCAUCACUGAAAUCUAUGUUCCACGACCUGCUCUGCCCGAUUUUCUAGCCGAAGCGCGAGAGUAUUUUCGAGCCAAUAAAGUUAACAUGGUCUAUGGAACUAUUCGGUUGAUUCAGAAGGACGAUGAAAGUUUCUUGGCCUGGGCUAAACAGUCCUAUGCCUGUAUCAUUUUCAAUCUAGAUACCGUUCACACGCCUGCUGGUAUUGAACACUCUGCUACCGCCUUUCGCAGUCUGAUUGACAUGGCUAUUAUACGUGGUGGUAGUUAUUAUUUAACCUAUCACAUAUAUGCUACUCGUUCGCAAGUCGAAACCUGCUAUCCGCAAUUUGCUGAAUUUCUUCGUCUUAAACGAUUGUACGAUCCUCAAGAACGUUUUCAAAGCAAUUGGUAUCGACAUUACCGGGAGAUGUUUGGUGGGGAAAAAACAAACGAAUACUCUUUGAAAUCAAUGGUUUGGCCACAUGAAACCUCCACUUGA